AUGAUCAAUCCGAUCUAGAAUUUAACUGCCAAUCUAAAUUACUCAUAUAUUAAAUUAUCCAGGCCUUUAUUGAACUUGUUUAAGACCCAUCUUUUGAAUUUUAAUUAGCUAAAUAUAUCAUCCUAAAUGAAUUUGGUUAGAUUUAUAAAAAUAUUCCAUAUGAAUUAAUCUGGGAAAUUCGUUGGUAUUAUCUGA